UUCAUAGUCUGCCGCUGUCGGCCCAUGCACAUGGCGCUAGCGUCCUGCGACUCGCUCCCCGCAGCAGACGCCGCCUGCUUCUUCCCGGCCAUGGCGUACCACCACCCGUGCGACGGCGGCGGCCUAGCAGCAUCCGCCUUCUACGGCGGCGCCAGUGGCCCCGCGGCGGCUUUAUUCACCGGCCUGGCGCCGCCGAGGCGGCAGCCUGACGCCGCCUUCGAGUGCUUAUCGAAGGAAGACGUCUCGUCGGUUGUGCCUGGCACGUUCGGGACGCCGCCGCCGCGGAUGCCGGUCGAGCAGGCCGUGCCGGACGCCUCGGGCUACGCUCACCUUGCCAGGGGUACGGCCGCCGUGGCGGGGGCAGAAGGGUCGUCGACGAGGACGACGGACAGGAUCGCGUUCCGGGUGAGGUCGGAGGAGGAGGUGAUCGGCGACGGCUACAAGUGGAGGAAGUACGGCAAGAAGUCCGUCAAGAACAGCCCUAAUCCAAGGAACUAUUACCGGUGCUCGACGGAGGGCUGCAACGUCAAGAAGAGGGUCGAGCGAGAUAGGGACGACCCCAGCUACGUUGUGACCAUGUACGAGGGGGUGCACAACCAUGUGAGCCCCGGCACGAUCUAUUACGCCACCCAGGACGCCGCCUCCGGCCGCUUCUUCGUCGCCGGGAUGCAUCAAGCCCUUGAUUAGGCAGCGCGUGUGGUAGCGUAAGAUAGACACACGCACGCUGACUGUCCUGGACUCCUGCUGGUUAGGGUGGACAAACCUACUCGAGAUGGAACCUAACAUAUGACAUGUCGCUUGUAAUAUCUAACUGGUGUCCUCCCGUUUAUCGGCUAGACAAAGUUAAGGGCAGGGCCCGCUGAUUUUGUGCUACUAAUUGUAGUAUCUGUGUGUCCAGAAACGCGUGGCAGAUUUCCCGUAUAUGAAAUGUGGCUUAACUAGACUCGCUUAGUUUCCUUUCUAA